CUGCCCUGCGCCCGGGCUUUUGCCACUGGCAGCUGUUUAUUACUAUUACUAUUAUAAUUUUUUUCCCCCUUCCUCUCCCCUGUUUCUAUCUCUCCUUCUUCUAGGUCGCUCCACCCCGCCCAGCUCCGGCGAGGGGGACCUGGUUGCCAACUCGCGCUGAGCGCGCCCGGGACUCCCGGCGCCGACUCGCGCGCCCCAGCUCCGCCCUCGCCGCGCGCCCUCCCCGCGGCCGGGGGCCCCGCGACCUCCCCCCGCAACCCUUCCCCACUUUCCCCCGCGUUUGCCAUCACAUGGCGCGGUAAGAAUGCCGAGAAGAUGGCGGUAGCGCCUGCAGCCGCGGGGCCGGCGGGCGGGGGCGGCCGGGCGCCGCGCAGCGGGCUGCUGGAAGUUUUGGUGCGGGAUCGCUGGCACAAAGUUCUGGUGAACUUGAGCGAGGACGCCCUGGUUCUGAGCUGCGAGGAGGGCGCCGCGGCGUACAACGGCGUCGGGACCGGCACCAACGGCUCGUUCUGCAGUGGCGCGGGCGCCGGGCCCCCGGGCGCGGCCGGCGCGCAGCCCCCGGACUCGCCCGCCGGGGUCCGCACCGCCUUCACCGACCUGCCCGAGCAGGUGCCCGAGUCCAUCUCGAACCAGAAGCGAGGCGUGAAGGUGCUGAAGCAGGAGCUGGGCGGGCUGGGCAUCAGCAUCAAGGGGGGCAAGGAGAACAAGAUGCCCAUCCUCAUCAGCAAGAUCUUCAAGGGGCUGGCGGCGGACCAGACCCAGGCCCUGUACGUGGGCGACGCCAUCCUGUCCGUGAACGGGGCAGACCUGCGGGACGCCACCCACGACGAGGCGGUGCAGGCGCUGAAGCGCGCGGGCAAGGAGGUGCUGCUGGAAGUGAAGUACAUGCGAGAAGCCACACCCUAUGUGAAGAAAGGCUCCCCAGUAUCCGAGAUUGGGUGGGAAACGCCUCCUCCUGAGUCCCCUCGGUUAGGGGGCGGCUGCUCAGACCCUCCGUCCUCGCAGUCCUUCUCGUUCCAUAGAGACCGGAAAAGCAUCCCCCUCAAGAUGUGCUACGUCACUCGGAGUAUGGCCUUGGCUGACCCUGAGAACAGGCAUCUUGAAAUCCACUCUCCAGAUGCUAAGCACACAGUGAUCCUAAGGAGCAAGGACUCAGCCACUGCCCAGGCCUGGUUCAGUGCCAUCCAUUCCAACGUCAGUGACCUGCUGACACGGGUCAUUACUGAGGUCAGAGAGCAGCUGGGGAAAACAGGUCUUGCUGGAAGUCGAGAAAUCAGGCAUCUGGGAUGGCUUGCAGAAAAGGUGCCUGGGGAGAGCGACAAACAGUGGAAGGCAGCCCUGGUAGUACUGACUGAGAAGGACCUUUUAAUCUACGACAGCAUGCCACGGAGGAAAGAAGCUUGGUUCAGCCCAGUUCAUACCUACCCGCUUCUUGCCACCAGGCUGGUCCAUUCAGGUCCAGGGAAAGGAUCACCCCAGGCUGGCGUGGACCUGUCCUUUGCGACACGAACUGGAACCAGGCAAGGAAUUGAAACACAUCUCUUCAGGGCAGAGGUCAGCAGGGACCUCUCGCACUGGACAAGGAGCAUAGUCCAAGGUUGCCACAACUCUGCCGAACUCACUGCUGAAAUCACCACAGCGUGCACCUACAAAAACCAGGAGUGCCGUUUGACCAUCCAUUAUGAGAAUGGAUUUUCUCUAACCACUGAACCACAGGAGGGUGCCUUUCCCAAGACAAUCAUACAGUCUCCUUAUGAAAAGCUGAAAAUGUCUUCAGAUGAUGGAAUCAGGAUGCUGUAUUUAGAUUUUGGAGGCAAAGAUGGAGAGAUUCAACUGGACCUUCAUUCCUGCCCGAAGCCAGUGGUUUUCAUCAUUCACUCAUUCCUGUCAGCCAAGAUCACAAGAUUGGGCUUGGUGGCCUGAAUGGAAGGACAACUUGCCUUUCAGAAAGGGAAGUUUGUGAGACUGUCAGAAAGUGAAACACCAGACCCCUUUUGCAGUGAGCCCUGCUCCCGAUGUAGCAUGCCACCGGCAGCUUUAGCUCCCCAGCAUCCUGUGUAGCCACCCCAGACUCCUCUGUCAGCUUCACCAAUGACAAGGGGCUUCCCUAAGAAAGCACCACAAUAGCAGAAUAAAACUGUCUUUAUAGAACAGUGAAAGUGUAAAGAGGUGAGAGCAAUUGGAAAUACAACAUAGCUUUCAACUAAUCACAAUCAAGGACAUGAGCAUUAGAACAGCAUGUACAGAUCUUAAUCAUCCUCGUUUCUAGGCAACUGGUUCACCCAGGUAAGCAAGGCUGAACAGAUGAGGCAUGGACAUUUUUACACACACAUACACACACCCCAAUUACAAUGAUCUCUUGUUUUAUUGUGAUUGAUUUCUUCUAAUUGAGUUGACUUUCACUGGUUAGGAAAGAGAAGUAUUGUAAAUGGAAACUCACCUUUUAUUUAAGUACAAAACAGCUGUUACUUUUUCUUAAUGAAUUAUCUUUCAAUGAUGUAGAAUGAUUCUAAAGUGUUCUCAUUAGCAUGAGCGGGAAUUAAAUAAAGCACCAAAUACCGAUCUGAGCUGUAAGCUGGUAGAAUCUGAGCCAAGGUAAACUGCUUAAAUUGUAAAGCUUCCCUGAAGAGUAGUAUGCAUGAAAGAUGAUUAAUUCUGAAUUGGACUCACACCAAGGUCUGCUAGCCAAGACUGAUAGCUUUAUUUAUAGAAAGCAAAUUAUGGAUAUUUCUUAAGAUUGUCAUAUAUAUGUAUAUGUAUGUGUGUGUGUGUGUGUAUAUAUAUAUAUAUAUAAAGGUACAUACACAUAUGUAUCUCUAUAUAUAAAUGCAUGGAGUUAACUAUUCCCAUCUCAUGAUUUUUAGUGGAGGUACUGAGCAAUUUGAUCCUUGUUUCUGCCUAUGCUUGUAUGCAUGCAUUUUCAAACAAGUAAUAGAGCAGGCUCAUAUAUGGAUGAUGCUGGGUUUUACACACAUACACACACACACACAUAUAUUAUUAUAUAUAUAUAUAUAUAUAUAUAUAUAUUAUAUAGCCCUAGCACUAUAAUCAAAACUAUUGAUCACAUCUGCAGCUCUUGGAAUUCCAGGGAAAUAAUAUAAUGACCUGAUAUUUUUCUACAAGAAUAUUUUCAGACACCAUAGAGCACAUUACUGAUUUAAAGCUUUGCUCUUUUAUCUUUCAAAAUGAAUUCACUAAAAAUACACCUAUUAUUUGAUUUUCAAGUCACUUUCCUCCAACCUUGAAAAUUCUAGAAUCUCUGUUAACAUGUAACCCUUCUUUUUCCUUUAGUUGAUAGACAAGAUAUUCAGGGUUAGAAUUGUGUGUUUUUCCAGAAUCGUAUUUUAGCAAAUACCUAUGCAAAGAGCUUUAAUAAGUGAAGCUGUUUAAAGGAAUAUGAUUUUACUCAUUCAGACUUGUGUUUAUUGAGUUGCAGUUUUAUUUUCCAUCAGUGUUUCCCUGAAGUGUGUAUCAUGCAAGACUAGUUCCAGAGGGCCUUGAUUGUGUGGUGUUUGGGGCCAGGGUGUGGAGAAAGAAGUCUGGUGAUAAAAAGUGUUUGUUAAAUACUGAGUUUUAAAAUGUUAAACAGGUUUCAUGAUUGCAAGCCUCCUCAGACUUUUCAUGUACAUUGUGAUUUUUCAAGGGGAGAUCACUGAGCCAUCCUUAUGCUUACCUGCAGAACCCCUUUCUUCCAAAGCUAGUGUUUAAAAAAACACACUUUGGAAAACAGAGCUGGGACUCGGAUUUGUUUGUUUCUUUGUUUCCUAUUUUGAAAUGCUGAAGAGUGAAGUCCAAGCCUGAACAUUGUAGGAAAGCUUUGAUGCAUUUGUAAAUUAUACUGUACUCUUUCAUUAUAUAUUUUCAAAAUCACUGGAAUGUUGUAUACAAGAGAAUUAUACUUAUGUAUUGUAAAUAACAUUAAAAUACAUAUAUUAAUGCUAAUAGUUUAAUUCAAUAAUAUGUAAUCUAAGGUGCUCAGUACGACAUAAAGUAUGAGUUAAUUACUCAUAAUUAAGUCACAAAGAUCCUAUUAUAUAUUUAUAGACAAAUUAAAAUGAUCAAAAUUACAAUAUCACUUCUCUAUCCCUGAAGUUUUAGACUGAUUAAUAUCUGGGUGGGGUCAACAGAAACUACAUUCUCCACAUUUAUAAAAAUUUAAUUUAAAUAUUUAUAUUUUAGAAAAAUAUAUUUGAAUAAAGUUAAUGCAUUUUCUGAAUUAAAAUGUGUUCUUAGUAAGAAAUAGAAAAUUUUACUAAGAGAAUUGUGUUUAUGAAUCAUUUUUUUCCUCCAAGUUAAAGUGCAUCGGAUCAGAGAGACUAUGAUAAAUCAAUUUCAAAUACUCAUUCUGAAUUGAGUAAGUUACAAGACUGUAACUGCAGAUCUUACUCUUGCCUUGAUGUGUUAUAAAUGUUGUGAUUGGUACAAACUCUACAUCUGGAUUGUGCCCGGGUGCAGUCAUCAAAUCAGCAGUCACUUGGGGAAUUUAUUUUUGUCCAGUUAGCUCUGUACUUAAAGCCCAUUUCUUAUUUGAAUCAAUGAAUUAUUAAAUUUAGUGUCUGUCCUUUAUAGGUGAACCAAUGCAAUGAAUGAUGCUUUCAUCUGUUCUCAGAGGGCGGCUGCCCACUUGCUAGUAUAUGUGGUUAGGAGAGCCCUUUGGUAUUAUGACAUGGUUAGAGCACCCAGCACAGAUUUAAAGGAGGCCAGAGAGAAAACAGAGAAACAAAACCAUAAACCUAUUCUAAAAAUAUGCCAGCAGAAGCACUCAAUUAAUUCUAUCAAUUGAUAGAAUUAAAAUGCUAAAAGCACAUCCUUUUGUCCAAAAGCUUAUUGACUCUGCAUGGUUGAAGUCAGAAUGAAUGAUGUUCAUGGUUUGAAGGAUUCCCCUAAAAUAAAGGCAAGGGCUUUCUGACCUUGAUUUUACAAAUAUUAGCUAUUCUAUCAUGAGGGGGUUGGAUGAGAUGGGGUGAGGAGAUAAUUUUUGAAUGUACCUUGAGUUUAAAAAAAUGUGCCUAUGUUUAUAGCACCAUGGAUAUCAUGUAACAUUUAUAUGUGAAUUAAAUAAAUAUUCACCUCUGAAUAUGGUGGACUGGCUGGUGGUUUCAUAGUGGCCACAGAAGGCUAUGGGAGUGAGGGCUUUGUUCUCCUUUCUCUUCCUCCAUUUGGAGUUAGAAGGUGCUAGAAGAUAAAGGGGGUGACUCUAGCAAUUUUUUGGUGUGCAUGAUUUCUGUGUAUAGCAUCAGAUACUAAAGUCCUCAAACUAUAAUAUUCUCAGGGGACUUGGUUUGUUUUUAAACUGUUAGCAGGCCAGAGUUGAAAAUAUUUCUACUCUUUGAAUAUUUAUCAGUAAUAGCAUUGAGAUAACACUGAAACUAUCUCAGUAUUGAAGAGAUUUUAGAGGUCAUCAAGCACAUUAGUACCCAAAGUUUAUUAUUCAUCAUUUUAGUAAUACCACUUUAGUAUCUUAGGGUAUAUGUUUGCUAGUAAUAUGGCACCAUAAUAUAUACAUAUAAAAGCAAAUAUACACCAGUUAGAUUUCUACUUAUAUGUAGAAUAUAGAGAAACAAAACAAAGGAGCUGACAAAAGUAAACCAAAACAAACCCUAGAAAUCUGCAGAAUUGAGAUGACCAGAGGGGGAGCGUAAAAUGGAGAUGGUAACAAAGUGGGCAGAGGAUCCAAUGGCCUAGGGUUACGGACUUAGGGGCGCUUUCGAGGUGGGUGGGUGUGGUGACAUACAUCAGAGGAGGUGUGAAGGUUCACAUCUAAAUCAUAUACAGUGUUGUAAACCACUGUUACCUCAAUAAAUAAUUUUUAUGGAAAAAAAUUACAACUGAUGUAAAAAGUUUUUCAAGUUUGGACCUCCUAAAGUCAUAUAUGCCAUGCUACACUGGCCUUGUAUAAAAUUCCACUAAACUCAGGAAUCUCCUCCUAAACAUUUCUUGUACUUCAUUCCCCCUGAAACUGAACAUUUCCAGCUCUGGGGAGGGAGCGUCCUAUCUCUCAGGUCAAACCAUUGCUGUGAGGCUAGACCUGAGAAAGUUCGUACAUUCUUAGAACCAGAACUUGCCUCUGCCUAACUUUCAGUCAUCCCUGCUCUACCUUGGAAAACAUUGAAAAUCCGAUCUUUUACCACAUAAAAGUCCUAUAUAAAUUGACAAAUCAAGGCUGGGGACUACUAUGUAAAAUAAAAUUAUCUGAAAAAGGCCUUAAAUAGAACACUUAGAAUUCCUCAUUUUCAUCUUUAAAGAACCAAUUAGUGAAGAUUAAAAUCCUUCAAAAUAUCUAGCAUGGGACAUGAUAGGAAAACAAGCAUUUAUAUACCACAGGAAGGUAAAUAGUUGGCAACAAUUCAGAAGGAAAUUAAUAUUGUCUAUAAAAAAAUUUUAAAUACAUCUAUCUUUUGACUUAUGGGAUGUUCUCUUAGAGAUACAUUUGCACAAAUGCAGAAGAACUAAUGUAUAAGGAUCUUCUUUGCAGCACUAUUUGUAACAUGAACCUAAAAGGGCGAUAUGAUCAUCGACAGUUAAAUCAAUCCUGGACCACCAAUAUAUUAGAAUCAUCUGUGACUGUUAGAAAGUUAAAGGAAUGUGUCCAUCUGUAUGUGCUCACACGGGAAAAAUCUCUCAAUGCAAGUUCUGCAAGAUGCAGAUACAGAUACCUAGAUGUAUGCUCUCAUACAUGCUGAGAUGUAUGCUCUCAUAUAUGCUCUCAUACAUGCUCAUACCUGCUGGGUGACUGGCCAUCGCUUCAGGCCUCAAAGUAGUGGCCAGUGGAGCUCUGCAUCCCAUUGUCUUGUUCUCCUGCCUCCCCUGUCUUUCCCCCUGUCAUUCUUCACUCUUGGCACCCUGGAAUUAGACCUCCCAAAUAAAGCAUCAGUAUUUAAUUUUUUGCCUGAGGUUUCCUUUUCUAGGGAACAGCCAAUGACCAUUAUUAGCCUAUGACCAUUAUUUAUUACUUUUACCUUAUGAUAGCAAAGGGGACAUAAAAAUUCCUAUAAGAGUGUUGAGAAACAGACACACAUGGAGUAUAUUCAUUCUUGUAUAAAAGUGCCUGGAAGAAUACCUUUUUUUUUUUUAAUGAUCUCGGAAUCGUGGGUAUGACCUGAAUAUCCCUCCAUAUUUAAUGAACUUCUUAAAUGUACUUCCUUUUUAAAAAAACAUUUUCUAAUGUUCUGAUAAUAGUAAGCAAUAUUUUUAUCUGGUUUAUGAAGUCUUGAAUAAUAGAACUGUUUGACUAUAUGAUCGGAAAUUAAUUACCUUGUCACCUGUGGUCUUCUAAAUCACACUAAAUUUGAUUUCACAAGGGGAAGCAAGUCUAAUACCUCAUUAACAUGACUAAACCAUGUCCAAGGAUGAUAUGGAAUCACAUUUGUCUGACAGAAAAGCAGUAGGAACCUCUAUUUUGGCCUUUUAUACACUAUUCAUUAUCCCCUUGGACAAAAAUAAGGCCUUUUCUUGGAGGAGCGUAAGACUCCUUACAGAGAACAUUGCUCAGAUGGUAUCACAGCAUGAAGAGCAGGGCAGCGGCGGAGGCUGGAGAAAAAUAAGGACGCCCAGUGGGAACAGGAGACAGGAGUGGGAACAUGCAUCCACUGAGGAAAGGCCUCCCAGGGACAAGGCUAUGGGGCAGAGGGGAACAGCCCAGGUCCUCCAACUUCUCAGGCUGGAUAAAUACCCAGAACAGCAGCAGACAGGUUGGCAGAGGAAAAAUCAAUUUAAUAGCAUGCACAUGAAGGAGACUGCUGUGAUUAAGCAUGGCCUACAUCUGAGUUUGGUAUCCUUGGAUUUUGAUAAGCAAAGGAGUUUAAAAAGGAAAUCAAGGCAGGGUGAGUUAAAUGCCUCAAAGAACAUUCUAGUGCCCAGGCUAUAGAGCAUGUGAUAAUUUUAAGUACACAGUUUUGAUAAGUUUUGGUAAAAGUCACCUAAUCACAUCAUGAUCAGGACACAGAACAUUUUUAUAGCAGCACAAAGUUUUUGGGGGGCUACUUUCUAAUCAGUCACUUCAACAUCUGACCCCAGGAAAUCAUUCUUUGUUUGCUAAGACUCCAUAUUUAACUUUCCUAGAAUUUCAUAUUUCUGGCAUUUUCUUCGCAGCAUGUUUUGAGAGUUCACAUUGUUCAUAUCUAGUAGUUUGUUCCUUUAUAUUGAUGAGUAGUAUUCCAUUGCACGGAUAUUUUAUAAUUAUUCAGCUUGUUGCUGGACAUUUGGGUUGUUUCCAGUUUGGGGUUAUUAAGGAUUAAGCUAGUCGAAGAAUUUAGGCUCAAUUUUUUGUAUAGACAAAUGUUUUGUUUUGUUUUCCAAAGAUUUACUUAGUUAUGCAUACAAGAACUGGGGUACAGGCCAGAGGUAUGGAGGAUGAGAGGAUUCACCAGAGACAGAGUGGGGAGAUUGACUGAAAUAUACUGCUGAACAGGCAGAUUGACUGAAAUAUACUGCUGAGGGGAGCAGCGGGUGAGUUAGGAGAGGUCUGCUACGCCUUGUGGGUAGUUCCCUGGACAGGGAUCGAACUCGUGCUGCAGUGGUUGUGGAUAGCUUCAUAGGUUGUAUCUUAAACCCUUGCGCCACCAGGGAGGCCCUAGACAUAUGUUUUGAUUUAAUCUUGGGCAAAUAGUGGAAUGGCUAAGUAAUAAUGCCAAAUACAAAUUUAAUUUUAUAAAAAAAAAUUUAAAUAUUUUCUAAAGUGUAUUAUAGCAUUUUCUAUUCCCAAAAGCAAUGCCUGAGAUUUCCAAAUGCCCUGCAUAGUCACCAAGACACGAUAUUGCCAGUUUUAAAAUUUAUUCAUUCUAGUAGGUGUUUCACGGUCUCAUUACGGUUUGAAUUUGCAUUCUCUUGACUGAUAAUGCUAAGAUCUUUUCAUGUGUUUGCCAUUCUUAUAUCCUUUUUGUAAAAUGUUUUCCCAAAUGUUUUGUCCAUUCAAAAAAUUCUGGAUUAUAUCUAU